UUCAGGUUUUCCUUCAGGACGCAGACAUGGGCCGGUGGAGCUGCAACCCCUUUGUGGUGUUGGUUCUUUGUGGAGUUUUUAUCAAAGAAGCACAUCAGGCUUCUAUAUCUGAUGUUGGGGGGCAAAAAGAUGCACAAAGACAUCUUCUGAUGGAAGAAGACAAUCACACCAACACUACAGAUACAGAAAAUUCAAGGGCAGUCGAUCCUGACAAGAGCUCAAAGUCGGUGACAUAUUCAUAUCUGGCUUUAGGAUUGGGCACAGUCCUCACCAUCUCCCUACUCAUCGUGAUGUCUGUCAAGUUUCGCCUCUUCCAUCGCUUCCUGGCUAGCUACAGACACUCUCUGCUUCAAGAGGCUGAUGGAGUCAGCCAGUAUGGCCAGGAUGAGCCGUCCUUCCCUAACAGUGGGGUGGGCAGAAUGGGAGUGGUUGGAGGGACUCCAGGAGGGCUGGAUGAUGAUGAUGAUGGCUUCAUUGAGGAUAACUAUAUCCAGGCCAGUGAGAAAGACAGGGCAAAGAGAGAGAGAGAGGAAGAGUGGGAGGAAGGGAUACAAGACAGCGAUGAUGAUCUUCAAUUUACUAUAGGGUGAAUAAAUAAAGGGAGACAUAAUCCAAAACAGCUGGUUUCCAACUAAGAUAAAAAAUUACCAUUUAAAGAAGCUUUUGACAGCAAAGAAGUGAUUUCUCACCUUUCUGGCUUGUGACCUCCUUAUGAAUCAUUGAUUGCUUAAAACCUCUCACACAUUGCAUGUGUCUAUGAUCUGUGAAGACUAAGUUCCACUCAAAAAGUCAAAUAAUCUGUAUAUAUUCUAUUGUUUAAUUUAAAUAAUUGUCAGACCAGAAUAGGCAAAACUCUAGAUGUCACAAUUAAAAAGACAAAGAAACAGGCAACGUUUUGACUGGACUGGGUCUUCAUUAGAUGCCACAUGUCUCCUAGCUAUUCUCUUAAAGAUCUGGUGAGUCAAAGUGUUGCCUGCCAGAUAAUCUCACAUUUUUCCGUGCAGAAUAUAAAUUGUUCCUAUUACAGAUUCAAUCUGCAAUAUUUUUUAACUGAAAACAUUGUGUUUGUGUAUCCAUUUGUAAGUAAUUGGAAGUUGCUGUUCUUACCAUGCUAAUGUAAGAUAGUGAACGGUGUGUCAAUUUUUUUGUAUG